AUGGAGGCGCGCUGGACCCUGGCCACGCUGCUCCUGCUGGGGAUGAGCCGCUCUGGUCACGCGGUCUCCAGUGACCCCUGGGGCCAGUGUCCGGUCAGCAGGAAGUGUAAGGACAAGUUUGGGGACGGUGUGUGUGAUCGAGAGUGCAGAGAGCCAGAGUGUCUGCGGGACGGGUUCGACUGUGUGCAGGACCGUCCCGUCUGCAAUCCAGGCCACAUCCAGUACUGCCGUAACCACUACGGCAAUUCCCACUGCGACCACGGCUGCAACAGCGCCUCCUGUGGGUGGGACGGGGGCGACUGCGUGCCCCAGCAGACGUCCCAGUGGGCCAAAGGGACUCUCCUGGUGCACACACGGCUCCCUCUAGUCCAGGGCGUCUUCCCCAACUCCUCUGUGCUCUGGGCCCUCAGCGUGGUCCUCAUGUCUCCUCUGAAGCUGAGGGCCGCGGCUCCCUUUGGCCCCUCCAGGGACCUGUUCCAGUAUGGGCCAGGCCAGCUGGAGGAGAUGCUGACCCAGGCUGCGGCUGCGGACGCCAGCGGCUCUCUCCUGGCCCUGCAGCUGGAUAACCGUCCCUGCUUGGCGCUGCCCUCCACAUGUUUCCCGUACAGCACAGAAGCCGCAGCGUUUGUGCGCGCAAUGCUCCAGCUGCGGCCUGCGGUCACAGCUGCCCUGCCUGAGCUGCAGGCCGUCCUCAGCCUGCGCGGGGUCAGGGAGGAGCUGGGGAGCAGGGAGCAGGAAGAGCAGAACGUCAGCGUGGAGGCCAGAGCCCCCUUGGCAUCCUGGAUGUGGGCUGUGGUUGCCGUGGCGCUGGCGGUGCUGCUGGUGCUGUGUGUGGCUGUGCUGCUGGUGAUGAGGAGGGUGAGGAGGGGCGCGCACACACACACACCCGCGGGCAGCACCCACAGCAGCCGCACCCUCGCCAUGAUCGGCUCCCGGUCUAACAAGUCCAAAGGCUCCGUUCCUGAGACCAGGGUCCAGACCAGCAGAGACAGGGACCGGGACAAGCUGGGUCUGCGUAAAAAGAAGAAGAACAAGGAGGCAGAGAAGAGGAGGAGGCGCGAGCCACUGGGGGAGGACGCCAUGCGCAUGAGGCCGCUGAGGAGGGAGCUGGACAUCGGCAGUGACACCGACGUGACGCAGAGCUCGAUGGAGGACGUCAGCCGCUGCUCCAAACGACACGAGGCCUUUGUGUACGAGCACCGCAGCCCAGCAGAGAGGGCCUACAGGGGGCCAGGGCCAGGCCGGACCAGCACCCAGGCUCCUCCUAGAGGCUGGGACAGAAACGCAAUGCCACCUCCUCUCCUCAGCCCUCCUCAGCACUCGGCAGAGUGGUGUGGUCCGGACGGGUCUGUUGUCCUGAUCCGUGCGGUCCGGAGUGGCCUGGACCGAGUCGUACUGGAGCUGCUGAGGGCUGGGGUCCCGGUCAACAACACGGACCACACAGGGCGGUCCGCUCUGCACUGGGCAUGCUCCGUAAACCACCUGUCAUUGGCCAGGACUCUGAUCCGCUACGGCGCCACAGUGGAUUUGCAGGACAACAAGGGUGAGACCGCUCUGUUCUUGUCUGCCCUCCACGGCUGCUACGACACAGCCCGCCUACUCCUCCUCCACGGGGCGAACCCCGACCUCCGGGACAGAAGGGGGCGCCAGGCGGUGGAGGCGGCCCAGGAGAACAUGCACCCGCAGGUCAUGGAGAUGCUUCUGUCACAGCAGCUGCAGCGGAGACCGGCCCCUGAGCUCGGCCCCUGUGGCCCCUGUGAUGUUCUGUGGGACGACCGGACCAUGGGCUACCCUGGGUCCUGGGGCGGGGCUCAGGCUCUGCCUGGGAGGAGCGCAUCCUUCUCUGGGACCAUAGCAGCGCUGCCCCCAAGUGAUUGGUCGCCGGGCAGAGUGCAGGCCCCCUCCCCUCACACCUGGAGGCCUCAGAUGAACCAAUCCACCACCGCCCUGGUUCCACCACGUGUCAUGGGCCGCUCCCCUCGGCCAAUCAGCACACUUCAGGAAGUGACCUCCGAGGACGAGGACCGCGACCGGACGCAGGACGCCACACGAGCUCUCACGGCUCACUUCCUGUUCCCACAGCCCGCCCCCCGCCAGCGCUCCUUCUCCUGCUCCCAGCAUGCACUGCAGCGCCGGUCUAGUGCGCCGCAGCCAGAGCCCAACUACGUGAUCGUGUCGCCGCCGGCAGUGAGUGAGCCGCAAGCAGAAAGUGUGGCCCGAACGCACGCCGUACAGUCAGAGAGCAGCAGGGCGGAGUCUGUGGCCACCAGCCCCUCCCACACGGAGCAGAAGAGUCGAGAGGGGCCCCCAAGCCAGCAGGAGCCCACGCAAACUGCACUCUGA